AUAUAAGUUAAACAUCUGAGAAAAAAUUAUGACAUCGACAUCCAAAGGAAUUUUCCGCCCAUUUUUAAUCACCUGCAUUAUCCUGGGUUGUUUCAUGGCAUGCCUGCUCAUUUACAUCAAGCCCACCAACAGCUGGAUCCUUGGCCCCAUAGAGACAACCAGCUCUGUUCUGAAAAUGAAAAAUUUCUUUUCCAGCAAAACUGAUGAUUUGAAUGAAACCAUCAUAUUGAUUUGGGUAUGGCCUUUUGGGCAGACAUUUGACCUUUCAUCCUGUCAAGCAAUGUUUAACAUCCAUGGGUGUCGUCUUACAACCGAUCGAGCCCUUUACAACAAAUCCCAUGCCGUUCUGAUUCAUCAUCGAGACAUUAGUUGGGAUCUCACUAAUUUACCCCAGCAGGCAAGGCCACCAUUCCAGAAGUGGAUUUGGAUGAACUUGGAAUCCCCUACCCACACACCCCAGAAGAGUGGCAUUGAACACCUCUUCAACCUAACUCUGACUUAUCGCCGUGACUCAGAUAUACAAGUGCCUUAUGGCUUCAUGACAGUAAGCACAAACUCCUUUGUGUUUGAAGUGCCAAGCAAGAAGAAGCUGGUGUGCUGGGUUGUCAGUAACUGGAAUCCUGAGCAUGCAAGAGUCAAGUAUUACAGCGAGUUGAGUAAAAGCAUUGAAAUUCAUACCUAUGGACAAGCAUUUGGAGAGUAUGUGAAUGAUAAAAGUUUGAUUCCCACCAUAUCUACUUGUAAAUUUUACCUUUCCUUUGAAAACUCAAUCCACAAAGAUUACAUCACUGAAAAACUCUACAAUGCUUUUCUGGCUGGUACAGUACCUGUUGUGCUAGGUCCAUCUAGGGAAAACUAUGAGAAUUUUAUCCCGGGGGACUCCUUUAUUCAUGUGGAAGAUUACAGUUCUGCCAGUGAGCUAGCCAAAUAUCUUAAGGAGCUAGACAAAAACGAUAAGUUAUACCUCAGUUACUUCAACUGGAGGAAGAGCUUCACGGUGAAUCUCCCACGAUUCUGGGAAACACACGCAUGCUCUGCUUGUGAUCAUGUGAAGAGACACCAAGAAUACAAGUCUGUUGGCAAUCUAGAAAAAUGGUUUUGGAAUUAACAUUCGCCAUCUCUUGCACACGUAGUAGAAGAUUCUGAUGGAAUCUAUUUCAAGCUGUGAUAAUAAAAAGAGAGACAUCAGUCUGUGUUCUGUGCCACAGCUGACUCAACCAUCCUCUCUUGGGUACCUUAUUUAUAUUUUGUCAGAGUUUUAAGAGAUCAACAUCAGCAGUCUUCAGCACUCGAUUUUAAAUUAUACUGUAUAUAGCUAAUUAUCUGCACUGAAACAUAAUUUAUUGUUUACUAUCAUUUUUAAUCAAUGUUGGGUUUUUUUCUUCUUCCACAUUUGGGUCAGGUUGUCGGUUAUGUAAAUUUGUUAUUUGAUUGUUGUGGUUCUACGUUGAUCAGCUGCUUAAUCUUUUUGGAAAAUGAAAGCUCAGAUUAUAGUAUCAUGGGGGGUUCCCAUUUAAUUCUUUCCUCUGUAGCUUAAACUUCCCACAAUGUAACAAGGAAGGAGUGUGUCACAAUUGGAUUAAAAUUAAUCUUCUUGUAUUCCCAAGUUUAACCAAGGGCAUAGUUGCCUUUCUUUUCAACUUAUCUACAUACUAUGUUUGUGAAGGCAGAGUUAUUAAUGUGUUAAAAAGGGAAAAAGAACAAACUCUAACAGAGUAUUAGUGUGUUAUCCAGAAAGCCAACUGACCUACCAUUUGUUUCAUUAUGAUAACUUGCAACUGUAUAUUUUUACUCUUGUGAUCUUCAGAUAAGAUUUUGGAGUAUUACAAAAAACCUAUUCACCCACAUUCUUGUGGUCCAGGAAAAUAGCAUUUUAAUAACUUUUAAAUGAAUUACCAGACUGUUUCCAUCUUGAUAAAACCAAUUACGACAAAAAAGAUGACUUUCCCCCCAGCAGGAAAAGAAAGAUGUAUAGAGGACGUGCCAAUAAGAAUAAUUAUAAAUAUUAUCUCAGUGUAAAAAAUUUUACAUACAAACCAAUAUAUUUUUGCUAUAAUAGCAUAUGUGAAUAACAUCUGAAUAAAUUUAAAGAUGUACAUCAAUAUAGGUAAAUUAUUUGAAUGAGUGUUAUCUUUAUUGUGAAUAGGCCUAAGUAUCUGAGCAGAAUUCUUCAAUAUUUCAUUCAAGUAUUCCUUCUGUACAUCAUAUUUGUGGCCAUAGUUCCUAAGUGCUUUACAGAACUACAGAGAUGCCUGAGAAACAGGAGUCAUAUGUGACCAUUUGACAUGGUACAUCAUCUUCGAGGUUAUAAGUAAAGAGAGAGAAAGAGACA